CGGUAUUCUUUUCGAAACACCGACCACUUCCUGUUACAAUUCACAACAUAGCCGAAACAGGGAAGCUAAACUAAUUUAGCAGGCAACAGUUAAUUUCUGCGGAUGUAGUAUAAAUACUAACUAUCAGAUAUGAUUCCUUACACGGUCAACAUUAAACUCGCCGCUCGGACGCUGACUGGCACUUUGAAUUUGCAGAAUAAAACCGCAGUAGAUUGGGGUGUGCAGGGUCUGAUAGCUCAAGGAUGUCACUCCAGCAUUCUCAUAAUCGACCCAAAAACAGCUCAGACCAUCCAGGUUCUGGAGAGGCACAAAGCAAACGUGGUUAAGGUGAAAUGGUCGAGGGAAAAUUAUUACCACAACAUAAGCUCGCCUUACUGUCUGCGGCUCGCCUCUGGAGAUGCAUCUGGGAAGAUCAUUGUGUGGGAUGUGGUCAGCGGCACGGCUCACUGUGAGAUCCAAGAGCACUCCAAACCGAUCCAGGAUAUGGAGUGGCUGUGGAAUCAGGAUGCAUCUCGUGAUCUCCUGCUAGCCGUUCACCCUCCAAACUACAUUGUUCUGUGGAACGGAGACACAGGCACCAAGCUGUGGAAGAAGAGCUACGCUGAGAAUAUCCUGUCCUUUUCCUUUGACCCCUUUGAUGCCUCUAACAUGGCAUUGUUGACUAGCGAAGGAAUAGUCUUCAUCACAGACUUUACCCACUCCAAACCACCAGGUAGUGCUGGCAAAAAGGUCUACAUUGCCAGUCCUCACGCAAGCCCAGCACACACCAAACCCACGCCUGCUGCUGCCCCAGCUCCUACUGGUGCCAAAAAGGCCCUCAACAAAGUCAAAGUGCUCAUCACUAAUGAAAAACCCACUGCUGAGGCGGUGACGUUGAAUGACUGUCUCCAGCUGUCCUACCUGCCAUCCAAAAGGAACCACAUGCUGCUGCUUUAUCCUAGAGAGAUUUUAAUUUUGGACCUGGAGCUCAGCCAGACAGUAGGAGUGGUGGCUAUUGAACGCUCUGGAGUGCCCUUCAUCCAGGUCAUUCCCUGCUCUCAGAGAGAUGCCCUUUACUGUCUACACGAGAACGGUUGCAUCACACUGCGAGUGUGUCGCUCCACAUCUGUUCCAGACGAAGCAGCAGACCCAGAGCAGAAUGUUCAGGAACUCGUCUACGACCUUCGCUCCCAAUGUGACGCCAUAAGAGUCACCAAGACAGUCCGGCCGUAUCGCAUGGUUAUUUGCCCUGUGAAUGAAAACAAAGCUGCUCUUAUGGUCAGCGAUGGGAGAGUUAUGCUCUGGGAACUGAAAGGCCACACAGGAAGGGCCGCUGCCAAUCCGAGUUCAGGGCUGUCGCCGCUCUACUCCCCCGUGGCUUUCUGUGGAGCUCCUCUGGGUCCAAACCAGAAACGAAUUCAGGACCUCUGUCUCAACAGCAUGAUUGGUCAGACCCUGAUUGCCGGUGAGACUCUUCCUCCAUCCUCCUACCAGCAGGAAGUCCAGUUGAAGUUCCUCCUAACGGGCCUGCUGUCUGGUCUGCCGCUGCCGCCGUUUGCAAUCCGCAUGUGUCCACCUCUCACUACCAAAAACAUCAACCACUACCAGCCACUUCUGGCUGUAGGCACCAGCAAUGGGUCUGUACUGGUUUAUAACCUGACCAGUGGUCUUCUGCACAAAGAACUCAGUGUCCACUCCUGUGAAGUCAGGGGGAUUGAAUGGGUGAGUCUCACCAGUUUCCUGUCCUUUGCCACAUCUUCCCCUAACAACAUGGGUCUGGUGCGAAAUGAACUGCAGCAUGUCGACCUGCCUACCGGCAGAUGCUUUGCAUUCAGAGGGGAGCGAGGGAAUGAUGAGCCACCCAUUGAAAUGAUUAAAGUAUCUCAUCUCAAACAGUAUCUGGUGGUGGUGUUCAGAGACAGACCCUUGGAGUUGUGGGACAUCAGGACAGGAACACUCCUCCGAGAGAUGGCCAAAAACUUUCCCACUGUUACUGCACUGGAAUGGUCCCCAUCCCACAAUCUGAAGAGCCUAAAGAAGAAGCAGAUAGCAGCUAGAGAGGCCAUCGCCCGACAGACCGUGUCGGAUGCUGAGCAGAGUAGCGUUGAAUCAUCAGUCAUCAGUCUCCUACAAGAUGCUGAGAGCAAAGCAGAGACCAGCCAGGCAAUCUCAGCCAGGGAGCACUUUGUAUUCACAGACACAGAUGGGCAGGUCUAUCACAUCACUGUGGAGGGCAACACAGUGAAGGAUGGUGCACGAAUUCCCCCUGACGGGAGUAUGGGUAGUAUUGCCUGCAUUGCCUGGAAAGGUGACACCUUGGUGCUUGGAGAUGUGGAUGGCAAUCUCAAUUUCUGGGACCUGAAGGCUCGUUUGUCAAGGGGAAUACCAACACAUCGUGGCUGGGUGAAGAAGAUCCGCUUUGCUCCUGGUAAAGGAAACCAGAAGCUGCUGGUGAUGUACACAGAUGGAGCCGAGGUGUGGGACAGCAAAGAGGUUCAAAUGGUGAGCAGCAUGCGUUUUGGUCGCAAUGUGAACUACCGCAUCUUAGACAUCGACUGGUGCACAUCAGACAAGGUCACGCUGGCAUCGGACGACGGCUGUAUCCGAGUGCUGGAGAUGGCCAUGAAGUCGGCUAGUUAUCGUAUGGAUGAACAAGACCUGACUGAUCCCGUGUGGUGCCCCUACCUGCUGCUGCCCCGGGCUGCCCUCACACUCAAAGCCUUCCUUCUACUGCAGCCCUGGUCUGGAACCUUCACUAUGGACAUCACCCAGGUAGAUUACACUGAGAAAGUGGAGAUAAAAGGCCUGAUCCAGGAGCAGCUCAACUCAUUGUCAAAUGACAUGAAGAGUGUCCUUCAGGACCCAGAACUCAGUCUUCUGCAGCGCUGCCUCCUCGUCUCACGCCUGUUCGGGGACGAGUCCGACCUUCACUUCUGGACGGUGGCGUCCCAUUACCUCCAGUCUUUUGCACAAGCUCGUCAGUUAAGUGUGAAGGAGGGAGGUGAAGAAAGCCAAACCUCCCCCCAGAUCCACCUGGACAUCUGUCACGAUGUCCUCUGUGAGAAUUCCUACUUUCAGAAGUUCCAGUUGGAUCGGGUUCACUUGCAGGAGGUGAAGCGCUCCAGUUAUGAUCACACUAAGAAAUGUGCUGACCAGCUCCUCCUGCUGGGUCAGACCGACAGAGCAGUGCAAUUACUGCUGGAGACGAGUGCGGACAACCCCAGCUACUACUGCGACUCGCUGAAAGCCUGCCUGGUGACCACCAUCACCUCCUCGGGCCCCUCGCAGUCCACCAUCAAGCUAGUGGCAACCAACAUGAUCGCUAAUGGCAAGCUCGCAGAGGGAGUUCAGCUGCUGUGUUUGAUUGACAAGGCAGCAGAUGCCUGCCGCUACCUGCAAACCUACGGGGAGUGGAACCGAGCCGCGUGGCUUGCUAAGGUGCGCCUGAAUCCAGCAGAAAGCUCAGAUGUGCUGAAGCGCUGGGCAGAACACCUGUGCUCCCCGCAGGUCAACCAGAAAUCCAAAGCCAUCCUGGUGCUGCUUUCCCUCGGCUGCUUUUACAAAGUUGGAGAGAUGCUGCACAGCAUGAGGUACUUUGAUCGUGCCGCCCUCUUCAUUGAGGCCUGUCUGAAGUACGGGGUGAUGGAGGCCAACGACUCGUCCAAUAAACUCAUUGAGGCUGCGUUUUUGGACUACGCAAGGCUGCUGCGCUCGCUUGGCCUGCGUGAGGGCGCCGCUCUGUGGGCAUCGCGGGCCGGCAGCGCUGGCGAGCAGCUGAUGGAGGAGCUGUUCCAGGGAGAGGGUGGUGUUCCUGAAGCCAUUCUCGGAGAAGAGGAUGCAGAGGUGGGACAGGAGAGCACAGAGUGACCUCCGGCUCUUCGGCGUAGGUCACGGGUCACGGCUGUGAAGUAACUUUGCUUCAGGAGGAGGACCUGAGGACUUGGUUCCCUGUGAGGUUGUGGCUGGAGAUUCCCGUGUCAUGUGUGGUGGUUGUUCUGUACAUGCAUGACAGCUUAUCAGCACAUCAACAUUCCUCCGGUGUGUUUUUAUGUUUUUGCUGUAGCUCUUUUGGUUGGGUUUGAUUUUAUGUUGUUAUCUGAAACGUGGCACCAGAAAGUUCCUUUGAUAAAUGUAACAGAACCCUCCACACACACACACUCACACACACACACACACACACACACACACACACGGCAAAGUCACGACUGAAUAUUCUAAUUUGAAUUUUGCUCUUUUGAUUUGACUCCUCCAGCCAGGUAACAGAGACACAACACCGCUCUGGAACGGAGCACUUAGGCACAUCGGCUGUUGCUUUGUGAGCUACCGAUCACUCACCAUUCCAAUCUUCCUCAAAGAAAUAUGUGCUGUUUUUAUGAGUACUUGCAAUAUUUUAUUAUCUGUGCACUUUGAUGUUUCUGUAAUGGAGUUGUGCUCUUGUGCUACAAACACAGACCUCUGGUGUAAAUAAUGUGUUCAUCACAUUCCUGCUGUCUUCUGCAUGGUGAUGUUCCGGAAACCACCUCUGAAGACAUCAGUGCCGUUUCUCCUCUGUGUUGCUGUAAAAAAACUGCUACUGUCACUAUGGUAACCCACAUCUAUUUUCAGGGCCUUCAUGUUGUUCCUGUAUGUAGCAUUUCACAACAACAUGUUAGGAUCCCAGAGACACCAAGGAGCCCCGCAGCCCAGCAGGUGUUCAUUAUGCUGCAUUUUGCUCCUCCAAUCAUCUGUGUGCUCAGAGAUAAAAAUGUUCGUAUUUUCUUGUUGAUUAGCCACUAGAUUUAAUCACACUUCUUCUUUUCUUUAAUGUUUAUCCUAUAGAGUCACUCACCUGUUUAAAUUCCAGGCAUGUAGGCGUGCCUUUAUGUGUUUUCUAAGAAGUCCUUGUAAUAUUUUUCACCCCGCUGUUGAUAGUGAUCCCGAUGCUUAACAUUGUAUGGCAACAUAAAGAUAUAUGUGUAUAUGGGCGGUAAUAAAUGGGAAAAUAUCA